CACCGAAACGCCUAACGUUAGCACGCUAACUAGCUAGUUUAAGCGGGAGAGCAGAUAUCUGUACAGUACUUUCUACUCUUGGCUUUGUCAAAAUAUAAGACAAGAUGGGCUGCUGCUUCAGCAAGGAGGCCGGGCCGGGUCGGGCCACCGAGAGAAGCAGCCUGCUACACACACCGUGCCAAGACCAUAUCCACGACGGCGCGGAGCAAGUGAGGCACCAGGCCGUGGCUGUCGCUCAACAUGUGUGCCUGGAGGAAGAAGAAGAAGAGGCUGAACUGGACCACCGGGAGGCUCGUCCAGGAUUUGACAGCAAAGUGCGGAUGGUGGUCAAUGAGAAGAAUCUCCAAGUGAGGAGCGCUCACGAGGGGGAGCCGGAUAUUCUUAUCCCGGCCGCCACAAGCGUUGCGGCGGACUCGGCAGCGGGCUUGACCCGCUCCCCCUCGCACAGCUGUGAGCCGGCGCCCUAUAUGGAGGUGCUCAGCCAGAGUCCGGCCCGGCAAAACAUUGUGGAGAACGCCACCCGGCGAGCCCUGUGGUUCACUCAGAAUUUUGCGGGUCAGAAGCUCCUCCAGCCAGAAGGUUGUUGGUCUGCUUCUGCUGUAGUGAGCCACGUAAACUGCGGCGAGGUGUCUCACAAUUCAAAGUUGUCAUCCAGCUUGGGACAGGAUCAGGUUUCCCUCAUAAGCGAGGACUGCAUUGUCACAACAACACUGGGUCAGAACUUCCAAACGAGGACUCAGAAGUUCUACAGCAUCUGCUCCAUAGAUACCGAUGACCUUGACCACGAUGACCACGGCCAGGCGCAGACAUCUGCAACAUGUGCCGGUCCCAGUCCGUCACAGACCGCCUCACCUCUUCCUCCUCUAUUUCCACAGCCGCUCGACCCGCACCUGCACCCAUCGCCUCUGGCCAGCGCUUCAGGAAGAAUCUCAGGCCGUCGAGUCGAUCCGCACGUGGCAAAGGGAACGCCUGAAGGAAACAUGUCGAGUUCAACAAGUGCGGAAGAUGACUCGUGUGUGCAGACAUGUGACAGGAUGACAUUGACAGAGCAGACAGUGUCUUCAGAUGUCCAAAUGCUAGCGCAAACAUCUGCCAUCAUCCUGGAAAACCAACUAGGCCACGUCCAACAUUCACAACCAGCUAGUGAAAGUCCCAAAGAAGUCCAUUCCUUUCUAGAAGCUGACGUUACGGAGCAGCACUUCGAGGAAGAAGAUGGAUGUCCGCUGCAGAGAAAAGAUGAGGGCCCUGUGAGUAAAAUUGUCAAAGACGAGAUCAUCCACAGCAUAACUCUCACGCAACUGUCCGCUCCAGCCAUCCUUUUAACCAUGCCCCACCAGUGUGGAGGAGGAGAACCUCCUCAACUAGAUGAUGAAGUUGACUCGUAUGACCAGAUGACGCUAACAGAGCAGAGUGCAUCUUCAGAGGUCCAAAUCCCGAAGGAAACACCCGCCACCUUCCAGGAGAACCAACUAGAUCAUGUCAAACAUUCACAAGCGGCGAGUGUAAGUCCCAAAGAAGUCAAUCAUUCACAUCAGAGCUGCAGUCCAGAACCUGACGUCACGGAGCAACACAACGAGGAAGAAGAUAAAUGUUCACUACAGAGAGUAGAUGACGUCCUUGCGAGUGAAAGUGAGGAAGACGAGGUCAUCCAUAGCAUCAUGACUCCCACACAAGUGUCCUCUCCCCAUAUCCUCUCAACCACGGCCCACCAGUGUGGAAGAGUAGAAGCUUAUCGACUAAAUGAUGAAGUAGACUCGUGUGGUCGGAUGACACUUAUGGACCAGAGUGCGUCUCCAGAGGUCCAAACUUUAAAGUUAAAACCUGCCACCUUCAAGGAGAACCAACUAAACCACGUCCAAUAUUCACAACCGGCAAGUGAAAGUCCUAAAGUCCCUCAUUCCGUUCUGAGCUGCAGUCCAGAACCUGAUGCCACUGAGGAACACAACGAGGAAGAAGAUAAAUGUCCAAAAAGUGAGGAAGAUGAGAUCAUUUACAGCAACACUGCCCUCCCACAAGUUUGCUCGACCCCCAUCCUCUCAACCACGCCCCACCAAUGUGAAAGUGUCGAAUCUCCUAGACUAGAUGAUGAAGACACGAGGAUGAAAGGCAGUUCACCUGCAGUCCAGGUCAUCUCUGAGCACAACACAAGUUCUGGAAGCUGCCACAAAUCUGACCUGGAAGCGGUGCAUACAAACCUAGAUUGUCUUUAUUCAAAGUCAUCACUUGAGAAGACAAGCGGUGACAGCCUGGAAUCGCCACAGGAAGUGUGUGAGGAAGAGGGAAAGACAACAGAGGGUCCGAGUGAUCCUCCAGAAGCAGUGCACUCGCCUCCGGAGGAAUGUCCAAAAACUUCCACUUGCUAUUCUUCCCACGCUGAAAUGUUCAACACGUGUCUUCCGGACGAGGUUUCAUCCCAGCAGCAGAACAACAGCGUCCCGGUGGAACCAGACCAGCUGGAUGUUCACGCGCUAACGCCAUCUUAUGAGAUCCACUUCCUGGGUCAGGAGGCACCCGGUGAGGAGUGCGAGGGCGGCAUGCGGGAGUUGGUGUCGGAGCUGCUGGGGGAGGAUACGGACGCUUCCGUGUGCCACCUGGAUCACCAGACCUGGAUCGGGCCAGCAGCAGAGGACGGCCGCCGGGCAUGGGUCCAGCCGGCGCCGCAAACUCAGGAGACGACCGCAGAGCCACAGCCCAGUGCGGUACUGCUGGGAGCGUUCCCGUACAGUACCGUCAUGCCUCUGGUGCCGUGUGAGUGGGCCUGGCACGCGGGCUGCCCUCAGGUCACCCUGAACCCUGAUGCUGAGGUAUGGACUGGAUGCAGCUACAACUUCUCGCAGGCACAGCAGCCGUGGCUGCACGUCCCCACAGAGCAGAACCAAGAACUGCAUGUGGAGCUGGACCACAUGAACCUGGCUGAAACUGAACCCAAAACAGCAGAGAACCACGUCCCACCAGAACGACACGCAGGUGAGCUGAUGGACCAGCUGAGGUCUGUGUUGGAGAUCUGUCUGAGCAGGGAGCACCUGGCCAGCGACUUGUACCUCCAGUCUCAGAUGGAUGACGAGCAGUACGUUUCCAUAGAGACGCUGGCCGGCAUCCACACCAUCAAGCGUAUCUGCGCCGACUUGCAGCUCGUAACAGACGUCGUAAAAACUCUGCCGCAGGUCCAGAUGUCGCUGUGCGGGCAUAAAGUGCGAGCCAACCACUUUCAAUAUCUCCUUAUCCUGCGGGAGAUCCCCAGCAGCACCCCACGCGAGGAAAGACUAGUGGAAGCCCUCUUCAGUGACCAGAAGCUGCCCAAGUUCCUGAGCUGUGAGUUUGUGAGCAGCGACAACUGGUUCAUCACCUUCAGAUCAGAGGCCGACGCUUACCAGGCCUACAAAUACCUGCGAGAGGAGGUUCAGGUGUUCCAGGGGAAGCCCAUCAUGGUGAGGAUGAAAGCCAAAUCAACGACCUUCGCGUCGCGUGCGCCUUUAAGUGGCUGCGGCCCAACCCGGCCCAACAUCCUGGUCGAUCACCAGGUGUCCUAUUUGCCGCCAGACGCCUACCAACAGCUUUACGAUUUCACCUACCCCACGUGGUCCGAGUCAGCAUACUCGGACUGUGUUGAGACACUUGAGCUCAACAGCGCCCUGAACGGCUUCCCGGCAUCGCCUUACUUCCAACGUCACGGCCCACACAGGAGCAGGAGGGGCUCCAGGACGUCAGGCGCAGAUCAAACCAGGAGUCAAAAGGAUUCCUCUUACCCGGGGGAUAAAACCUCAGAGGAGAUCUCCUCUUUGUCGAGGCCGGCUGGAGUGUGGUCCCACUCCAGAGGCAACGGGCCUCAUCACAGCAGACGCCCCAACAGGCUGACUGCAGCGCCACAUUCAGUGGGAGGAAGGCCUGUAAACAGAGAUCAGAGGAGGAGAGAGAACCAGUGGUCUGCUACCAAGACAGCUGUAGUGCAUCAUAAAGAGCCUUCAACUCGCCGCCAGCCGUCUCCCAUUGAGCUCGGAGUCUCGAACUUCCCUCCCCUCUGCGUGAAGAAGACGCCUGAACGGGCAGAACCUUCGUCCACCUCCACCGAUGACAUCACCAGUGAGCAAGCGUCCCAGAAGCUGAGCUACGCUGCCAUCUGCCAGAAAUCUUCCUCUGGUAGGUCGGCGCCGUCCGUUGAAGAGAAGUAGAUGGAGCAAAACACCGAAAGUGCAAUGUUAACUUGCACCUGGUGGAUUUUACUAAUGCAGUGUUGUCAGGUUUAGAAUGUUUUCACGUCUGUUCCGUUUCCUCAUUGCUAAUUUGUGUUUCCUGCUUUUAUAGUUGUUUAUGUGAGUUUGUUUUUGUCGCCAGUGGCUGUGAGCGGCACUUCCUCUGCGCUCGCUGUUCGUUCUUCACUCACAUUCUGUUAGCAAUGUCGGUGAGAUUUUGCAGUCAGAUUUAUUUUGUUUCUUUCUCUCUGCCUGAGUUUCAUCAUUCUGUUUUCAUGUAAACCCCUCAGUGCUCUCUGCAAGCCGUUUGUGUCCACCUCACCUCCUUUUUCUUAACCAUUUAAGUUGUGUUAAUACAAAUGUGAUGAAAC